AUGGCAAGUGACGAGACAUCUGAACGUGUCUUGGGAGAGAUCAAGGCGGAACUGGCGGUCACGCCUUAUCGUUUCACCUCUGCCCAUCUCCUGACAGGAGGCACUGCUAAUUUCAUCUACCAAGCCAAAUUGGAGCAACCCCUGCCCAAUGGAACCAUCGAAGUAGCAAUUAAACACGGCGAAGGCUUUGUCCGCCAAAGCCCGAACUUCAAACUUACCACGUCCCGUUGCCGUGUCGAGGAGUCAUGUCUGAAAUAUCUUGAAUCCUUUCCACCGCACAUUGGUUCUAAAGUCUCCGUUGGCACGCCGAAGUUGUUCUACUUCAACGAAAAAACCAACACACAAGUCCAAGAGUAUCAGCCAGAUCCACUCAGCCUCAAGCUCUACGCUUUGAAAUUCUAUCAUUCUGCAAGCUCUGAAGAGACAAAGGACCAAUGUCUAGAGAUUGGGUACGGAGUCGGCAAGUGGCUCCGGGAAUUCCAUAGCUGGAGCAAUUCACCGGACCAGGUGAAGUUACGUGAAAUUGCUGCGGCGAACAAGGAUUUGCAAUCCAUCAAGCACUGGCUGAACUACCAGCAGCUCCCUAGUGCUAUCGAGCGUCAUCCAUCAGUGUUUGGACACAUUCGGCUCUUUGUUGUGGACUGGGAGAUGUUCCAACUCGCCUUAGCACCCUUUGACCUUGGCCAGAUGAUCGCAGAACUCUAUGAACUGAAGUUGUUCAAGGAUAUAGAUGCUGGCCUGUGGCUCAUCCAGGGAUUCGUAAAGGGAUAUGGCGCUGUGGAUGAUGACUUUGCCUUCAAAACUCUACUUCAAGUGGGCGUCCACCUCGUCAGUAUUGGCACGACAGUCCAGGGAUGGGGAACUGCGGAGCAGGUCGAGAGUGUGGCUAUUGCGGGAAAAGAUAUACUGCUGAAUGCAUGCGCGCUGUUCCAUGUCCGGAAGCAGCGAAACACGUCCCUGCCGGAGAUGCGAGACACCGACCGUUCUGACCGUGAGAAAAGAUCCGCUAUGCGUGUAAGCCAUUAUAUGAAGUAUUUUCAGGUGCAAAAGUUCAAGGUUAAUCACUUCAUUAGGACCUGUUAUGAGCGGCACAUUUCUCAGCGGGUAAUCAAGUCCCUCAGCAAGCCGUACAAAGAGGCCAAGGACAGGUUGGGAAACACGUCAAAUGCGAAAGCAAAGUACCUGGUUGGCCUCUCUUUUGGUCACUCGUCGGCAGCCAUAGUUCAGAUCCUGGAUAAAAACCUUCACGGCCUCCGCGAGAAGAACCUGCGGCUCGCCUACGAGAUUCACGUCAUCCACAUCGAUACCGACUUGUCAGGUGCCUCCAGCGCGUCGGCAGGCUCACCAGCAAACCAGUUGCUGGACAAGUAUAAAAAUAGGUUUCCGAACUUAUCCAUGCAGUGUGUACCGUUAAGCGACGCCCUUGCACUGGAUACUAUAGAUUGGUCCGCCCUUCCAGCGCUGCAGCUAGAUCUUGAACCUGCGCAACAGGUCAAAGCUAUGCUUGAGGCAUUGCCAUCUGUUACGUCUAGAGUGGAUAUUCUGAGGUUGCUUGUGCGACAUCUUCUUCUGGCGCUUGCUUUAAAGAACGAAUGUCAUGCGCUGCUGCUGGGCUGCACGACAACCGCUCUGGCAGAGUUGACACUUGCGGAGACGGCGAAAGGGAGAGGGUUCGCUGUGCCAUGGCAGGUCAAUGAUGGCCCGGUUCCUAUCACAAUAUUCCCGCGGUCAGGUGAAAAACUCGAGGGCCAGGCUGCCAGCGGGGCGCAAAAGGCUUCAGUCCCGGUCUAUUAUCUUUUAAGGGACGUCUUCAAACGUGAGGUCACAACAUAUACCGGAUUAGUUACGCCACCUAUGAGAGAUCUGGUCCAAGACGCGGGGCCCAGAAGCAGCACUAUCGUGUCGCAUAGGGAACUCAGUAUCGAAGACGUCAUGGCUCGGUAUUUCGAGGAAGUGGAAGAGAGCUACCCCUCUGUCGUAGCCAACGUUGUUCGCACCAGCGGCAAGCUUAUGCGAGUUAACGACGGUGACGCUUGUGCAGUUUGCAGCAUGGAUAUUGACGAGCAAGGUGGAGCGAGAUGGAAGGGAGAGAUUGGCGAAGAUCCUGAUGAUGGAAAGCGCAAGGAGAAUACAGGGCGGCUAUGUUACGGGUGCGAACGGUCUAUAUAUGGAUAG